CGAGGCCGGGUGAGGCGGCGAGGGCGGCCCGACGGGCGCGGGACGGGACGGGGCAGCGCGGGCGCCGGGAGCUGCGGCCGGGAGUCGGGGCGCCUCGCCCCGGGUCCCCCAGCAUGAAGACCCCGGCGGACACAGGCUUCGCCUUCCCCGACUGGGCCUACAAGCCGGAGUCGUCCCCGGGCUCGCGGCAGAUCCAGCUGUGGCACUUUAUCCUGGAGCUGCUGCGGAAGGAGGAGUACCAGGGUGUCAUCGCCUGGCAGGGGGACUACGGGGAAUUCGUCAUCAAGGACCCGGACGAGGUGGCUCGGCUCUGGGGUGUCCGCAAGUGCAAGCCCCAGAUGAACUAUGACAAGCUGAGCCGGGCCCUGCGCUAUUAUUAUAACAAACGCAUUCUGCACAAGACCAAGGGGAAGAGGUUCACCUACAAGUUCAACUUCAACAAACUGGUGCUGGUUAAUUACCCUUUCAUCGACGUGGGGUUGGCUGGGGGUGCGGUGCCCCAGAGCGCCCCACCAGUGCCGUCGGGUGGCAGCCACUUCCGCUUCCCUCCUUCAACGCCCUCUGAGGUGCUGUCGCCCACCGAGGACCCCCGCUCACCACCUGCCUGCUCCUCGUCCUCAUCCUCCCUCUUCUCAGCGGUGGUGGCCCGCCGCCUGGGCCGGGGCUCGGUCAGCGACUGUAGCGAUGGCACGUCAGAGCUGGAGGAGCCACUGGGAGAUGACCCCCGGACCCGAGCGCCCGGCCCCCCGGAGCUGGGUGCCUUCCGCGGGCCCCCUCUGGCCCGCCUGCCCCAUGACCCUGGAGUCUUCCGUGUCUACCCUCGUCCCCGGGGUGGCCCUGAGCCCCUCAGCCCCUUCCCAGUGUCGCCCCUGGCUGGGCCUGGCUCCCUGCUGCCCCCUCAGCUCUCACCGGCUCUGCCCAUGACGCCCACCCACCUGGCCUACACCCCCUCGCCCACGCUGAGCCCCAUGUACCCUGGCGGUGGCGGGGGCCCCAGCGGCUCAGGGGGAGGCUCCCACUUCUCCUUCAGCCCUGAGGACAUGAAGCGGUACCUGCAGGCCCACACCCAAAGCGUCUACAACUACCACCUCAGCCCCCGCGCCUUCCUGCACUACCCCGGGCUGGUGGUGCCCCAGCCCCAGCGCCCUGACAAGUGCCCACUGCCGCCCCUGGCACCCGAGACCCCACCGGUGCCCUCCUCGGCCUCGUCCUCCUCCUCCUCCUCCUCCUCCCCAUUCAAGUUUAAGCUCCAGCCACCCCCGCUAGGACGUCGGCAGCGGGCAGCUGGGGAGAAGCCUCUGGCGGGCACUGAAAAAGGUGGCCUGGGCAUCGGCAGUGGCGGCGGCGGUGGCACUGGCGGGCUGGGCGAGGGGGCGGGGGCGCUGGCUCCACCGCCGCCACCACCACCCCAGAUCAAGGUGGAGCCCAUCUCGGAAGGCGAGUCAGAGGAGGUGGAGGUGACUGACAUCAGCGAUGAGGACGAGGAAGAUGGGGAGGUGUUCAAGACGCCCCGGGCCCCCCCUGCACCCCCCAAGCCCGAGCCCGGCGAGGUGCCCGGGGCAGCCCAGUGCAUGCCCCUCAAGCUGCGCUUCAAGCGGCGCUGGAGUGAAGACUGUCGCCUGGAAGGGGGUGGGGGCACUGCUGGGGGCCUGGAGGAUGAGGGUGAGGACAAGAAGGUGCGCGGGGAGGGGCCCGGGGAGGCCGGGGGGCCCCUCACCCCAAGGCGGGUGAGCUCUGACCUCCAGCAUGCCACAGCCCAGCUCUCUCUGGAGCACCGAGACUCCUGAGGGCUGUGGGCAGGGCACCCACGUGCCCCCCACCCAGGCUUCUUUUGCUGCCUUAACCCCCCCCUCCCCACCCAGUGCCCUGGAGGUGAGGGCAGCUGUCUUUUCCUUGCCUCCUCCCUUUCCCCUUCCCACAUUUUGUAUAAAACUUUAAUUUCCUUUUUUUUUUUUUUU